CGUUCAGGCCUUUGUUUACACCAAUUUAAAAAGCAAAAUGCAUACGGCUUAUAGUGUGCAGUCAAUACUAAAGCAGGGAGUUCAAAUUGAAGCCAUUACAGCAUUUGGUAAUCAUGUCAUUUUGGGCACCCGGAGCGGUCAGCUCAUCAUGUACUCGGUGGAAAAUCAAACAGACGUCGAUAUGCGAAUGUUCAAUAAGAAUUUCAGCAAGAAGCCUAUUACACAAAUGGAAGUGGUGGCUGCUGAAAAUUUGUUAUUUGUACUCACCGACAACAUGAUUCAUGUGUGUGAUGUAAGCCGGAUCGAGAACAAUUUCGAGUUUAUGCAUAGCUCUGCAGAAACUAAGGGGUGUACGUUAUUCACAAUGGAUGUGGACACACGUAAGUCGAUCACUGGUGAGGUGGCCACAUUUAUACGAAUAGGCUGCGCUAUCAAACGUCGAUUGGUCUUGUUCUUCUGGAAGAAGGACAAGCUUGCUUCUCUGGAACUGGCCAUUGAGCUCCUUGAUGUACCCAAGGCAAUGUGCUGGGUAAAUCAGCUCAUCUGUGUCGGUUACAAAGAUGAAUAUAUCUUAUACGAUAUAUCCUACAAUCCACCGAAGAUGCAUAAGCUCAUACUUACGUCGUCCACUAUAAGCCAGGAGCCCAACAUUUGUCUUAUACGAAAUAGUAUGCUGGGCAUAUCCAAAGACAACUAUCUAAUGCUCAUAGAUAUUGACCAAUACAAAGCCACAGACAAUAACGUCGACACUGGCAUGAACAGAACUACAUUGACGCGAUGGUCAAGUCCGCUCCAGGCUCUAGUUUGGGAUGAGCCUUUUGCUGUUGGACGCACUAAAAAUACGAUCGAGGUGCGCAGCCUGGUGGGCAAGGACACUUUAGUUCAAUCUAUGCCGGAGCUAAAAAAUACUCGAUUUCUUGUUCGAUCCGAUAAGGGCAUUAUUUUCGCCGCCGCGUCAUCUGAGCUGUGGUGUAUACGGCUCGUGGACAUUCAAAUUCAGCGACAAGAAUUAUUGCAGCAAAAGAAAUUCCAACUGGCAAUUGAAUUAACUGAAAUUUCUGAAAGAGAUGGCGUUGAUAAAGCACAGAUCAUACGCCAAAUACACAUGUUGUAUGCCAAAGAGCUCUUUACCAACAAAGAGUUUUCAGCAGCCAUGAAAGAGUUUGAGAAAGCUGCCAUUGAUCCUUAUGAUGUGAUACGCCUGUUCCCUAGCUUGGUCCCGGAGCCAAAAAACACUAGAGAUGCUGCUGUUCCAGCAUCCAGUGUACCGAAGUUAGAGGAUCAUGAUCUUGAAAAUGCGUACUUGGCGCUUAUUGAAUUUCUGGCGCAAGCCCGUCAACGAGAAGUGGUGAAGCUGCUCGACACCAAGAGCAGCUCAAAGUCCCUGCUGGAAAUAAUUGAUACCACUCUGCUGAAGUGCUAUCUGCAGACAAAUGAUGCGUUGGUUGCGCCUCUGCUGCGACUUAACCAAUGCCACCUAGAGGAGUCUGAGAAAAUGUUAAAGAAACACAACAAGCUUUCGGAGCUGAUCAUUCUCUACGAUGGCAAGAAAAAGCAUAGAAAGGCUCUGACACUGCUGAAGGAACAAGCGAAUAUUAAGGGUUCUGUAUUGCAGGGACAUAAACGCACGAUAACUUAUCUUCAGGCACUUGGCUCCGAUAAUCUGCCGUUAAUUUUUGAAUUUGCUGACUGGGUCUUGACUGAGAAUCCGUUGGAAGGCUUAAGAAUAUUCACCGACGAGCUGAUCGCCGUGGAGGCGCUGCCUCGUGCUAAAGUUCUUGACUUUCUGCUCAGCAAGCACAAGGCUCUCGUCAUACCCUACCUCGAGCAUAUCAUUUUCGAAUGGAACGACACCAAUACCCUGCGCCACAAUGCACUUCUUAAGCAGUACAGCGAGCAGGUGCAACGCCUGCUGGCUCUGCAGGCCAAGGGAGAAGAAACACCCGAGCUACAGCCCUUGCGCGCCAAGAUGUACAAAAUGCUGGAGGAGUCGCAACAUUAUUCGCCGGAUCGCGUCUUGGAUGAUUUACCGACCACAUCGUUGCUGGAGGAGCGAGCUCUUAUUCUAGGUCGCCUCAAACAGCAUGAGAAAGUGCUGGCCAUAUAUAUACAAGUCUUUGGGGAUGUGGAUAAAGCCAAAGCGUACGCAGAGGCGAACUACGAGGAUGAUGAAGAGGUGUUCAAUACGCUACUCCUCAUUAUACUGAAGCCACCACAACAGCCACCUUAUGAGGGCGUAACGUUGCAUCCCGACUUUCUUAGACCCAACAAAAAAGUCGCACUGGACUUGCUCAAUACAUAUACCAUCAAAAUUGAACCCACGAAGAUUAUCGAAUAUCUGCCCGAUGACAUCUACAUGCAUGAGCUGAAAAAUUAUUUCGAGACGGUGGCUCGCAUCCAAAUGAACGAAAGCCACCAGCGUCAGAUUAUGUGCGGCCUGCUGAAAGCCGAAGCCGCUCGAUUGCGAGCGUCUGUCGCCAAGGAGAAGAACAAGAGCUUCGAAAUAAAUGAGUCCACUCUGUGUCCCGAGUGCAGGAAACGCUUCACCAACCAAACGGCCUUUGUGCGCUUGCCAGAUGGCCAGGUGGUGCAUCUCUCCUGCUACGAUAGAGUCGUCUCGGCGACAAAACAAUAACUUUAAUCUUGAGUGUGUG